AUGUCGACAAAGGAAAGUGGAAGCACUAGUGUGAAUAAGGAAGAGAAAAAGGUUAAAGUUGAGUCCGCGGCGUCCACUCAUGUUACUCUGGGAAUCAAGGGUCAGGACGAGGAGGCAGUUAGAGUGUUUAAAAUGAGAAGGAACGUUGAGAAGCGUAAAGUUAUGAAACGGUACAGUGAAACGAGAGGCGUGAAGUUGAGCACGUUUGUUUUCAUUUUGGAAGAUGGAACGAGAAUUCGAGGGUCUCAAACACCUGAUGAGCUGGAGCUCGAGGAUGGAGAUCAAAUUGACGCAAUGUUGCAUCAUGAUGGAGGCGGUUAUGGUCCAUCUUCUAUAACAUUUUGAGUGUUGAUUCUUUGUUGGGGAAUGUAUGAGUUAUGCAUGUAAUAAGAAAAGAAUAAGUUCAGUUGCUUAUGUAACACGAUUUGAAUCGAAUAAAAAAG